CAUGAAAUUCAUUAAAUUCAUUAAACUCUAUAUUGUCGUACCUUAAGAAUAUUAGAUGAAUCAUUCCCAUUAUUAAUGUGAUUGUUCUUAAACUACCCCCAAUUAUUAGUGCCAAAUUUAAAGGUCUUGAAUGUCCAAGUUUUUGAUUUAUGCGAAUCAUCUCAAUCACAAAACAUACAUCACAUUCAUAAACUAUUUAAAAUCAGUAAUCCUUAAGAAUCAGAGGAUUACUUAAAAAUAUAUAAUUAAAAACAAAGAUGAUCAUGUCAUAUUGGUUCCUUCCCUCAAAAUUUUAAAAACU